AUGUCUAGACAUCAUCAAUUUAAUAAAGAAUUAGACGACUUUUUAGAAGAUGACGGUUUUCAAGAUUUUUCAGAUGAUGAACUUGAAAAACUUUCAAGAGCAUCAGCUAAAGUUAAAGAUCGUUUAAAAGAUAUUUCUUAUGUUAAACAAAAAGAUAUCCAUAAUGCACUAAUCAAUAAUUCUUUUGAUGUGGAAAAAGCUUGUUUAUGGAUUACGAAACAAAAACAACUAAAAAAUACUUCUAAAUCAUUUAAAACACUUACUCCAGAAAAAGGUUUAAUUUCUUUAAAUGAAACAUCACUAAAUGAAAAUAUUUCGGAAGAAGUUCAAUCAAAUUCAAAAGUAUGUAAAAAAGAAUAUCCUCUUGAAACUAGCAAAGUAUCUAUUCCAAAACAAUCAAAGCUUUCAGCUUUAGCUAACUCUAAACACAAAUUAUCUUCUAAUAUCUCUACAAUAUCAUCUUUAAAAUCUGUUUCUCUUCUUUCUCACUUAACAAAAACAAAAUUUAAUAUAAUUGAUGAUACAAAAAAUAACAGAAAUGAAUCAAAAGCAGUAUUAAAUCAGUCAACACAUUUUAUAAAUUAUAGUAUUGAAUCAGAAAAGCAAGAUGUUUUAAAAAAAACUAUUUUUGACGAAACGUUUCAAAAAAAAGAAAUUAAUGAUGAGUCUUUAAAUAAAUUUUUUAAAAGUUAUGAAUAUAAUAUAGAAGUAAAACCUUCUAAAUUUGCUUUAUCUAUUUUUGGAGAAAAAAUAAUUUUUUCUGAUAAUUUUUAUAAGUUUGCUAAUCAGCGUUUUUCUUUAUUUACAGGAGUUUUGGAUAAUGAUCUUAAAUCAGCAUUUCAUGAAACAUCUAGUAAUUCAUCAAAAUCACAAAGUAAGAAAGGAAAAAAUUUAAGAACAUCUAAAAUCACUAAAUCAACGAUUCAUUCAGAAUUUCCAUCUGAUAAUGAUAACUUAAGUCAUGAAUUAAGCAUUAUGAAUAUAUCAUCAGUAUCUGAACAUAAAAAUAUGUCCAAUUUUAAUGAAUGUGAGAUAUCAUUAACUAAAACACCUGAUUUAAAAAUAAUUGAUGAUAAAAAAAAGGAUAAUAUUAAUAUUAUUGUUAUUGGGCAUGCAGAUGCAGGAAAAAGUACAUUAGUAGGAAGACUUUUAUAUGAUCUUAAAGUAGUUGAUAUUAAAACUAUUGAAAAACUAAAACUUGAAGCAAAUAAAUCUGGAAAAUCAUCUUUUCAUUUUGCAUGGGUGCUGGAUCAAACAUUAGAAGAAAGAGAUCGUGGAGUUACUAUGGAUAUAGGUAUUAACUAUUUUGAAACAUUAUCACGCAAAUAUACUAUCUUAGAUGCUCCUGGACAUAAAGAUUUUAUUCCUAAUAUGAUAGCAGGAGCAGCAGAAGCCGAUUUAGCUUUAUUAGUUAUAGAUGCUUCUUCGGGUUCAUUUGAAUCUGGAUUUAUGGUGCAUGGCCAAACAAGAGAACAUAUUAUUUUAGUACGAAGUUUAGGAAUACAGAAAAUUGUUGUUGCCAUUAAUAAACUCGAAACUAUUAACUGGUCUCAAGAAAGAUACGAAGAAAUUAAAGCUCAAUUACUUCAAUUUUUUAUUUACAAGGGGUUUCAAAAAUUUAACAUUUCAUUUAUACCAUGUAGCGGUCUUAAUGGAGAAAAUUUAAUAAAAAUUACGCCUUUAAAUACUCAAUUACAAUCAUGGUAUUCUGGUUGUACAUUACUAGAUUCAUUAGAAAGCAUAUCAAUUGAGCAUCAACGAUUUGAUGCACCCCUUCGACUUUCUAUUAUGGACAUAUAUAAAUCUUCUAACACCUUAACCUCUAUAUUUGGAAAAAUAGAAACAGGUACAUUACAAGUAGGAAAAAGUGUAAUUAUUAUGCCUUCAAAGGAAAAAGGAGAAGUUAAAUCAAUUUAUGUACACAAUAAUAUUCAAAAUAUAGCAUUUUCAGGAGAUAGCGUAUUAGUGAAUUUAUUGAAUAUUGAUUCAUCAUAUUUAAAGUCUGGUGAUAUCAUAUGUGAUUUUGAAAAUCCUAUUCAAAUAGUUUUAAAAUUUCGUGCUAGAAUUGUUACAUUUGAACUAUCUAGACCAUUGAUAAUAGGAUCACCCCUUGUUAUUCAUAGAGGACGACUAAAUGUGGAUGCAAAUAUUAAAAAACUUAUUGCAAUUAUUGAUAAAUCAACUGGUGAAAUUAAAAAAAAAGAACCUAGACUAAUUGGUAGUUUUACUGCUGCAAUCGUUGAAAUUGAAUUUUGCAAACAACCGGAACCUAUGGAGACAUUUAAAAAUUGCAAGGAACUAGGCCGGUUUAUUGCACGAUCACAAGGCGAAACUAUUGCUGCUGGUAUUAUAGAAGAUGGAUAA